UGUAAGAUUUACUUUUUUGAUAUCUUCAAGAUAUUAUUUGAUAUUAUAUUCCUAUCAAGUUAUCAUCUCUACUUCUAAAGGUGGACUUUAUUGACCUAAUAGCCCUAUGCAUCUGGCAUCUUGUGCAAAUAGAAUUCAAUGCACAUGUAAGCUCUUACAUCACAACCUUAACAACUACUAACAACAAAUACUAACACUACUUAUUAUAAUAUAAAAGCACCUUUCCUCUUUCUUGAUUUGGAACUGAAUCAUUUAACAAACUAUAGCUUUCAAUUCAUACUAAUGAUGGUUUCAGAGCCAGAGUUGAACUUUGUUUUGAUACCAUUACUUGCUGCAAGUCACAUCAUACCCAUGGUAGACAUGGCCAAAUUAUUAGCACAGCGAGGCGUGACAGUAACUUUAGUCACGACUACUCUUAAUGUUGCCCGAUUCACUGCAGCAAGUGACCAGGCCAUUGGUUCCGGAUUACUCAUCCGGGUAGUGGAGCUCCAGUUUCCAGCCAAGGACGCAGGACUACCCGAGGGAUGUGAAAGUAUGAAUCUUGUGCCCUCUCUGGCUCUUAUGAGAAAUUUCUUUGCUGCAAUCAAUAUGCUACAAGACCAAGCGGAAAAAUUACUUGAAGAGAUGAAGCCUAAGCCAACUUGCAUUAUUUCCGAUACACAUAUUGCUUGGACGGCUGAGACAGCUGAUAAGUUUCAGAUUCCGAGAAUCAUUUUUGAUGGAAUGAGUUGCUUCACUCAAUUAUGUAUGCAUAACUUGUACAUCAUGAGGGAUCAGAACAAAAUUCCCGAAUCAGGGUCUUUUGUUAUUCCUGAUUUACCGGAUAAAAUUGAAGUGACUAAAGCUCAGCUGCCUCGAGAAUUCAAUCCAGCAACCCUUUCCACGCAAGAUAUUCGCGACAAAAUACGAGCAGCUGAAACAAGAGCCUACGGGAUUGUUAUCAAUACUUUCGAGGAGUUGGAACCGGGGUAUGUUGAUGAAUUCCGAAAACUUAAAGAGGGUAGAGUGUGGUGUAUUGGACCUUUGUCUCUUUGUAACAAUGACAAUCUAGAUAAAGCUCAGACAGGGAACAAGGCCUCGUGUCACAAAGAAGAGUGUUUGAAAUGGCUUGAUUCUUGGCAGCCUGAGUCUGUUGUUUAUGCAUGUUUUGGAAGCCUCGCUCAUAUGGCAGUAACACAAUUUAUGGAGCUGGCUUUAGGCCUGGAUGCAUCAGGUUAUCCCUUCAUUUUAGUUGUAAAAUCAGGGGAAAGACAAGCACUAAUAGAGGACUGGUUAUCGGAAAAUGGAUUUGAAGAAAGAACAAAAGAAAGAGGGCUUCUGAUACGUGGCUGGGCACCACAAGUACUAAUUCUAUCACACCCUGCAAUUGGUGGGUUCUUGACUCAUUGUGGUUGGAAUUCAACCCUUGAGGGGAUUAGUGCCGGUGUACCUAUGAUUACGUGGCCUUUAUUUGCGGAGCAGUUUUUGAAUGAGAAACUUUUAUUACAUGUCUUGAAGAUUGGUGUGGGUGUUGGAUCUCAGGAAGUUGUUCAUUUGAAGGAGGAAGAGAAAUUUGACGUCCAAGUGAGGAAGGAAGAAGUAAUGAAAGCCAUUAAAACAGUGAUGGACAAGGAGAAAGAAGGAACAGAUUGCAGAAAAAGAACCAAAGAACUUGGACAAAUUGCAAAAAAUGCAGUAGAUAAAGAUGGAUCUUCUCACCUCGGUUUGACGCUUCUAAUAAAAGAAAUACAAGAAGUCCAACUUAACCAAUCAGAUUAAAAUGAGACUGCACAAGUUUGCAAUGUACUUCUUUGACUAGAAUAUCAUUGAGAGGGGUCAUGACUAAAGUGACUAUCACGCCUUGCUGCGCUAACAAUUUGGCCAUGUCCACCAUGGGUAUGAUGUGACUUUCAGUAAGUAAAGGUAUCAACACAAAGUUAAGCUCUAAUGCUGACUCUGAAACCAUUUCUGGUAAGAACUGAAAGCUGUAGUAAUAUAUGAUUCAGUUGUAAAUCAACAAAAAUGAAAGGUAGAUUUAUAGUAUAAGUAGUGAUAUUAGUGAUUUAAGAGCUUACUUGGGCAUGAAUUGAUUAGUAUUAUGUUUCAACUUUCAUGAAAUCAUAAGUCCUUGUAUUUUGGCAUAACAUGUGUAGUACUAGUUUAUUAUGGCACUUCGGACUGAUAUGCAACUAAUCAAAGUUGUGACCAUGACAGCUAUACAUUUCAUUUCAUAAGUUGGCUAUAUCAGAAUGUCU